AUGCAGGAGGUAUCCUCCCGAAUGCCUAGAGCGACCGGUCUGGACUCGCGCACCGGAACCGGAACUCAGUGUGACCCCGCCCCGCGGGCGGCCAUCUUGGCGGCUCAGGCGGCGGCGGCGGGCUCGGCGGGCUCGGUUCCGGCGCCGUGCGGUCUCCGUUGCGAGCCCACUUCUCCGCUCCCUGCUCAGGCCUCCAUCACGGCGAGCCGGAGCGCGGCGGCGGCCGACACACGGCGGUGGGGAGAGAUGAGCAACAACAGUAGUAAGAGAGCCCCAACAACAGCAACCCAGAGGCUAAAGCAGGACUACCUUCGAAUUAAGAAAGAUCCGGUGCCUUACAUCUGUGCCGAGCCUCUCCCUUCCAACAUUCUUGAGUGGCACUAUGUGGUCCGUGGCCCUGAGAUGACUCCGUAUGAAGGUGGCUAUUAUCAUGGAAAACUAAUUUUCCCCAGGGAAUUUCCUUUUAAACCUCCUAGUAUUUAUAUGAUAACUCCCAAUGGAAGAUUUAAGUGCAAUACGAGGCUGUGUCUUUCAAUCACGGAUUUCCAUCCAGACACAUGGAACCCAGCCUGGUCAGUCUCCACCAUCCUGACUGGACUUCUCAGCUUCAUGGUGGAGAAGGGCCCUACCCUUGGCAGCAUAGAAACCUCGGACUUUACGAAAAGACAACUGGCUGCGCAGAGUUUAGCAUUCAACUUGAAAGACAAAGUCUUUUGUGAAUUGUUUCCUGAAGUUGUGGAGGAAAUUAAACAGAAACAGAAGGCACAAGACGAGCUCAGCAACAGGCCCCAGAGCCUCCCCUUGCCGGACGUGGUUCCAGAUGGAGAGACACACCACGGCCAGAACGGGCUUCAGCUCCUCAAUGGGCACGCCCCAGGGGCCGGGCCCAAUCUCAUGGGCCUGCAGCAAGCCAACCGGCACCAUGGACUCCUGGGUGGCGCCCUGGCGAACUUAUUUGUUAUAGUUGGGUUUGCAGCCUUUGCCUACACAGUCAAAUACGUACUGAGAAGCAUCGCGCAGGAAUGAGUCAUCUGAGCUGCGACUGGCAGAGGCUGUUACCUGAGUGAUGCUGGGCCCGAGCUCGAUGCAGGCUGGCUGGAUCUACUGCUCCGUGCAGGGCGGACCUGCCUAACUCCUGGGGUUAGCUUUUUAAAAACCUUUAUAAGGAAACAGCCCAACUUGUGUAGUUUGGAUUUGGAGGAGGUGCAAGGCUCCCAGCUCUGUCUGGGGGCUUGUGGGCUGUGGAGCUGGGGUGUCGAUAUGGAGGGGCCUCACCACUUUGGUUUUAUAGCUUAUCUCCUGUAUUGUCCUUUGGACCUGUUUUAGUAAGCCUGUUUUUCAUUUUACUAGAUUUGGUCACUUACAAAUAUAAAACUUGAUGCCUAUCAAAUACUCUGUGUGCAUUCUGUCCUGUGAAGCACUGGUUCCAGGCAGGAGUCCAGCCUCACUGAACUCAGCCAGUGGGGCCUAUGCUGCCUGGGCCUCAGUCCAGGGGUGUUUUUCUAAGAUUUAGAAGGCCUCAGGAGACAGCAGGCUAGUGACCAUUUAGACAGGGAUCUAAGACAAGGUGUGUAAAAGCAAGCAUCUUAAAAUACGUUGUACUCAGAAUAAAGCAGAUUCCUUCUAGGAAUGUGAUAUUUAUUUGCCCUGAUGUUGAAGUUGAAAAUCUGCUCAUUCUGACCACACAGUGUUGUCCUUCACUUAAAGAAGGCUGAGAGUGGAGGGCAGAAGCCAGAGGAUUGCCCUGUCCCUCAAUGGUGCCACAAGGUGGUGAUCCUCAAGAUCCUGCACCCAUUCUCUGAAUUCCUUGUAUUCACCUGUCCAGGAUCCCUCACUCCCCCCACAAUGGUGGAUGCCUGCAGCGGCCCCCACAGCACUUCCUGCCAGGCAGGUUCUAUGUGCUCAGGGGCUCCCCUACACUCAGAUCAGUUCUCUGCUGAUGUUACAGAGUGCCAUGUUUUUCACAGACCAACUUCCUGGAGGUUUAGGGUCCUAGCCCUUGGGAUGGCCACCACUCCUUCCCUCGUCUGUCUCUGUGUGUUAGAUAGCGUGCCUGCACAGUUUUAAAAAGUGCCACGUCUGACCAACUGCUAAGGACCAGGACUUAACUGAGGCUGGCAUGAGGAUGGAAGUAUGGCCUCUGGAUGUGUGCAUGUUUCUGACUUUGUUUUUCAAUCAGUUCAUUAUGCUAUAAUUUACCAUUUGUAUGCAAAUAGUCUAUUGGUGUGUGUGUGUGUGUGUGUGUGUCUGUGUGCGCGCACGUGUGUGUAUGAAACAUCUUCCUAAAUUCUGUGCUGUUUGAAUGUAUUGGUAUGUGCAAGUUCAUCUUAGCUCCACUGGGUAGAGCCACUGGCUUGGGGUGUAGGGGAGCUGGAGGUGAUGUAGCACCUGGAACCUUGGGCUCAAGGUCACUGUGAUGGCCUUGACCCCCAUUCUCAUGCUGACCUAUGUUGUGCUGGUCCCAGGCUCUGCCCUUGGCACAUGGAGGAGGUGGCUGUGUCCUGCUCCAAGUUUCUUGGAGCUCUUGUUAGACAGCAUGUUCAGUGUUCAUGUGUUUUUUCUGUAUAUGUAACUUCAACUUUUAGCUUGAUCCCCCAAAUAAAAACAACUGUGCAGAA